GGGGGGCGUGUCCGGGCGGUUCCGGGCGGAGCUGGAGUCACCUGGAAACUACGGGCCCCGGGAAUGAGCGGAGAUGCGGCGUCUCCAGCUCCUCAAAGACAAACACCUGUCGCGGGGGGAACCGACACCCUCUCGUCCGAAUCCCAAAAGAGCGAAACCCGGAGACCCGCAGCGGAGGGAACCGACACCCCGUGACCCGAAACGCCCGGGAAUGGCACAGGGAGAUCCCGGGGGCUUCACAGGAGAAGUUCCGCACGUGACUGAUAAGAAGCCCGAUGAGCCAAAAGCGGAGAAGAACCCUGGCGACCCCCACGGGGCGGACAUAAAGCCCGGUGACCCUAAAGUUGGGGAAAUGGAUGGAAAGUCCAGUGACCCAAAAGCGACUGAGUUGAAGCCGGGUGACUUGCUGGUAGAGGCGCUGUACGGGCUGGGGCGGCCGCUGUUCCGGGCGGUGCUCUACCUGUUCCCCGUGUACCUGUGCGGGAGGCUCGGGCUCAGUCCCACAUGGCUCCUCUUUGGACUUUUCCUCUGGAUGUUCUGGAAGCGGAACAAGAAAUUCAAAUUGGCCCGAAUCCGGGCGGCCUGGGACAUGCAUGAGAAUGAGAAGCUCGGGGUGACCCGCGGGCUGAACCUCCAGCAACUCCCGGCCUGGGUGAAUUUUCCAGACGUGGAGCGAGUCGAGUGGCUUAAUAAGGUGGUGGGACAGAUGUGGCCCUACAUUGGGAUGUACAUGGAAAAAAUGUUCCAAGAUAAGAUAGAACCUCUUGUGCGGUCAACCAGCAUCCACCUGAAGGCCUUCACCUUCACCAAGGUCCACUUAGGAGAGAAGUUCCCUAGGAUUAAUGGAGUGAAGGCCUACACCAAAAAUGUGGACAAAAGGGAGGUGAUCUUGGAUCUGCAAAUCAGUUACAAUGGAGACUGUGAGAUCAACGUGGAAGUGAAGAAGAUGUGCAAGGCCGGAGUGAAGGGGGUCCAGCUGCACGGGACCCUGCGCGUCAUUCUUGCCCCACUGCUGCCUGAUCUGCCUUUUGUUGGAGCAGUCACCAUGUUCUUCAUCCAGAGACCUCACCUGGAUAUCAACUGGACCGGACUCACAAAUGUACUGGAAAUUCCAGGAGUCAGUGACUUUUCGGACUCUAUGAUUGUCGACAUGAUCGCCUCCCACUUGGUUCUGCCCAACAGAUUCACCAUCCCACUGAGUAGCCAAGUACAGACGGCCCAACUGCGAUUUCCGCUGCCCCACGGAGUAUUGCGACUUUAUCUCAUCGAAGCGGAAAACCUGAUCCCAAAAGAUAAUUACCUGAAGGGAAUCAUUAAGGGCAAGUCGGACCCCUACGCCAUCCUGCGCAUCGGCAACCAGACCUUCAAGAGCAAAACCAUCAAAGAGAAUCUCAACCCAAAAUGGGGGGAACUGUAUGAGUUUGUGGUGCAUGAAGUGCCCGGGCAGGACCUCGAGGUGGACCUGUAUGAUGAAGACCCAGACAAAGAUGACUUUUUGGGCAGCUUGGUCAUUGGUCUGGAGGGAGUCAUGAAGGACAGGGUGGUGGAUGAGUGGUUUCCCCUGAGUAAUGUGCCCAGCGGGUCGGUGCAUCUGAGACUCGAGUGGCUUUCUCUUCUGGCCAAGUCGGAAAAACUGUCUGAGGCCAAAGGCGGAAUAGCCACAGCUAUGGUUAUUGUGUAUCUGGACAGCGCCAGUGCAUUGCCUAGAAACCACUUUGAGUAUUCAAGCAGUGAGUACACAGCGAGGAAGCAGAGACACCCGACUUACACCAAAACUGAUAAGGACCCCAACAGCUAUGUCCUGAUGUCUGUGGGCAACAAAAGCGUCAAAAGCAAGACAUGUAUAGGGAGCAUGGAGCCAGUUUGGGGUCAGGCGUUUGCUUUCUUUAUACAGGACGUGCACAUGCAACAUCUCCACCUUGAGGUGAAGGACAAUGACAGACCAUGUGCCCUGGGGAUGUUGGACCUGCCCAUGCACCGGCUGCUCAGCAACGAGGAACUGACAGUGGAUCAGAGAUUCCCACUUUCAAACUCUGGACCCAACAGCACCAUCAAGAUGAAAAUCGUCCUGAGAGUUCUACACAUAGAGGCUCCAGAACCAGAAAAUAUUUACACUGGAAUCAACUCCCUCAAACAAGGUCCUGUUUCCAUUAAGCGGGACCAGCACCAGAAACCCCAUGGGAAGUCCCACCAGGUCCAGAAGACCCAACAGAACCAGACUGUGCAAAAAUCCAAAGAACGCAAGGAGAGCACCAGUACCACCACCCAGCAAGCUAACACCACCCAGCAAACUAACACCACCCAGCAAACUAACACCACCCAGCAAACUAACACCUCCAGCUCCAACUCAAACCCAGCUCCGAGCCAGAACUCUGAUAGCACCAGAACCAUCCCAGAACCCCACACUCCCAGGCUAAAGCCCUUGCAAAGAAUCGCACCCAGUCUCAUCUCCCUCAACUCUGUUGCCUCCUCUGUGUAUGACCCGAACGACGAGAAUCGGUGGCCCAGUGAGAUGUCGGGAGAGGUUGAAGUCUCUGUGCGUUACGCUUCCUUGCGGCGCUGCCUUGUUGUCCUUAUUAACAGUUGCUGGAACCUGAUCCAGUGCUCAAGCAAUGGGGCCGACCCAUACGUCCGGAUCUAUCUGCUGCCUGACCGGAAGUGGUCCAGCCGGAAGAAGACAUCCGUGAAGAGGAAGACUCUGAACCCUCAGUAUAAUGAGAGAUUUGAGUUUCUGGUGUCGCUGGAGGAUGCCAAGAAGCGAAUGCUGGACAUUGCUGUGAAAAACAACAGGGGCUUUGGGUCCCACGAAAGAAAGGAAUUGGGGAAGGCACUGGUGGAUUUGUCAUGUGAUGAUCUGGUCAAGGGUUUCACCAAACGGUUUGAACUGACACCCACCGGCCACCCCAACUCAUGAGUGUUCUGUGCUGGGAGCAGAAGUUGCAGCUCAGGGACCGACGCACCCUAGUGGCCAUGUACAGAUGUAUAUUUGUAAUUAGUUUCCUCUUACAAAAGCUUUUAAAUGUAACAGUCUCCAUUGUUUGUGUUUCCAGCUCUGGUUGGGGCGCGCUAAUUGGUUUUUUUCUGCAUCUAAAGUGUAUAUAUACAUUCCUGUAUAUAUUUAUGUGUGGGGGGGGGGGACGAUGAUGCACUAUGGACUGUACUUGCUCUGCCCCUGAUUUAUGUCUCAGGGACAAAAAAAAAAAACUUUCCCUUUAACCUGAAGUCUCUAUUUAUUAGUGGGGGGGGCACAUGAUUUGAUGGUGAUUAUUAUUUAUUGCAGAAACAAGAAAAUUGACACCAUGUAUAUAAAGGAAUCUGUUUGACUGAAGUUCUUUUAAUUUCCCUUUCUGGCCCCAAAUGCUCAGAUAUUUAUUUUUAAAUAAAACUCUAUUUAAUAUA